UCGACGGCGCAUCGGGGCCUGCUGGCAGGCGGGUCCUCCCACAAACCCCGGAGGAGGUUCCGACCUGGGGCUCUGGUGGCCUCUAGGGAGGAGGGACGGCCCAGAGAAGUGGAGGCCCUGUCUAGGGGCUGGCCCUGGAGCGCGCGGGGGCCUAGGAGCAGCGGGCCGCUGCGUGGCCGUGGGAGGCGCGGGUUGGAAAGAAGUGGGCUUCAGGCUUCGCCCACUGCCGGCCCUCGCUGCCCACCCCGCUAACCUCCCGCCCGCCGGCCUGUCCCAACCCCGGGGCUCCGGCAGGUGUGCACGGCUGGAGCUACCCGCUUUCGCCGUGCUUGGGGCUGUUGUCUGGUUUGGGGAGGAGCUCGGGGCGGGUACUUCUGUACCCUCCAGGAACCAAGGUCUGCAUCCUUCUCCUGACCAUCCAGCCGCGGUCCCUGCGGCGGGGGGGGGGUCCCCUUCUCGGAGAGUAAGUAGGGAGACAUUAGGUCAGGGCUUCGUAGGAGCCAAGUUAGGCUGCAGGGCCCUUUCUGUGCUGCCCUAGGCAGAAACUGUCUCCCCCACGGCUGUGAGCCAGGAAGCGGGUAAAGCCCCAAGGGAUCAGCGAUGCAGUGGCGACCCAUGCCCUCUCUCGGGAGUGCGGCUCAGCUGGUGCCCUUGGCUGAGGUCGGCUGAUCAUCUUGGACCUUCAUGAAGCCAGCUCCCCAGAGCGUGCCUUCGCCCAGCUGGCACACUCGCAGUGUGGUAUCGUUCCAGGGCGAGAUGCCGUUGACCUUCCAAGACGUGGCGGUGUAUUUCUCCAGGGCGGAGGGGCAGCAGUUGGGCCCCCAGCAGAGAGCACUCUACAGGGACGUGAUGCUGGAGAACUAUGGGAAUAUGGCCUCGCUGGGACUCCCUGUCCCUAAGCCAGAACUGAUCUCUCAGCUGGAGCAAGGGGAGGAGCUGUGGGUCCUGGAUCUCCUGGGGGCUGAAGAACCAGAAGUCUUGAGAAGCUGCAGGACAGAUUCUGAGAUUGGGAUCGAGAAGGAACUAUGCACUCUAAAUGAGAAAUGUUUUGAAGAAGUAAAAUCUCCAGAAUUUAUAUCAAAAAGAUUCACAAAGGCUAGUUUACAGCCACCUGAGUCCCAGGAAGCUCUGGACCACAAGGACCAACAAGAAGGGAAGUUAGAUGAGAGCCUACAAGAAGGGAAGCUAGGAAAUUCUGCUGAGCAGAGUUUGAAGAAAGACUGCCUUCACAAGAGAGUUUUUAGAAAGGAGUCUGUCAUGUGCAAGGAACCAUCUCCAGAAAAGAGAACCCAGGAACAUGGUGCAUUUGAUAGACACUUGAAUCCAAACCAAAGUGUUGUUAGACUUCAAAGAAACAAAACAGGAGACAGAGUCUUUAAAUGUGACAUUUGCAGCAAAACUUUCAAAUAUAAUUCAGACCUAAAUCGACACCGGAGACGUCACACUGGAGAAAAGCCUUACGAAUGUGGUCGGUGUGGGCGUGCCUUUACUCACAGCUCAGGCCUUAUUCUGCAUCAUCAUAUUCACACUGGGAAUAAACCAUUUAAAUGUGACGAAUGUGGGAAAACCUUUGGGCUCAAUUCCCACCUUCGUCUGCAUCAGAGAAUUCACACUGGAGAAAGACCUUUUGGGUGUAGUGAAUGUGGGAAGGCCUUCAGUCGGAGCUCAUCUCUUAUUCAGCAUCGCAUAAUCCACACAGGAGAGAAACCUUACAAGUGUAAUGAAUGUGGGAAAGCCUUCAGCCAGAGCCCCCAGUUAACUCAGCACCAAAGAAUUCACACAGGAGAGAAGCCCCAUGCUUGCAGUUGGUGUGGGAAGGCCUUCAGUCGCAGCUCCAGCUUAAUUCAGCAUCAGAGGAUUCACACAGGAGAGAAGCCCCACAAAUGCAAUCAAUGUGGGAAGGCCUUUAGUCAGAGCUCUAGCCUUUUUCUCCAUCACAGGGUUCACACUGGAGAGAAACCCUAUGUGUGUACUGAAUGCGGCAGAGCCUUUGGCUUCAACUCUCAUCUUACUGAACAUGUAAGAAUUCAUACUGGAGAGAAGCCCUAUGUUUGCAGUGAGUGUGGCAGAGCCUUCAGCCGGAGUUCCACUCUUGUACAGCACCGCAGAGUGCACACGGGGGAAAAGCCUUAUCAGUGCACUGAGUGUGGGAAAGCCUUUAGUCAGAGCUCCCAGCUGACCCUACACCAGCGUGUCCACACUGGAGAGAAGCCCUAUGAAUGCGGUGCCUGUGGGAAGGCCUUCAGCCGAAGGUCAACCCUCACUCAGCAUCAGCGGGUUCACACAGGGGAGAACUCUCGCAGAGGCAGAUGUAACCCUGUGUUCGGUCAUGACUCUAGCCAUCCAUCCACUGGAGACAGACGUGGCAGGGCCUUCAGCCAUGGUGCAAACCUCGUUCUCCACUGGACAAUUCAUACUGGUGAGAAACUCCCAAAGUGUAAUGAAUGUGGGAAAACCUUCAGCCCCACCCAGCCCGCUGACUAUCAGAAAAUUCAUGCUGGGGAGAAACCCUAUAAAUGCCAAGGAUGUGGAAAGGCCAUCAGUGGGGGUUCAGCCCUUAUUGAACAUCAGGGAACUCAUGCUGGAGAGAAACCACCACUGAAUGAUGGGUCUGAAAGAUACUUUAUUCAUAUCAAAAAGAUUUUCCAAGAAAGACAUUUUUAAUGUGAUACAUGUAGGAAAUAACUUAGCAAUUGUUCAUGCUAUGUUAGAUAGGAUGAAUGAAAGUUAAAUAAGAAGGUAUAAAUAUUACUAGCAAAGCAAAAUAAUUUGGAUGAUUAUUAAAGUUACUCAAUUUGAAAGCAAACAUGAGAAAAUUCUUUCUUGAAAACAAAAGUUGUCUGUGUAGAGGUUAUUGCUGUACUCGGGUGAACUGGAUAGAACCACCUGAUGCAACAUGCCGAGAGAGCAGAGGGCCCAAGGAGUGAACCCAACUAGUUCUGGGGUUGCCCCGAUGAUGUGAUCUUUUUUCAUGUCCAAGCCUAGGCUUGCUGCUGAGAGUAUCCAGCUUCAGGCCCAUUUGGGCAGGUUCAAGGCUUCCCUCCACUGUCACGAUGCUCUAGCCAGUCUCUCAGACCACAGGUUAACUGAAGCAAGAGUCUCUUCUUCUCAUGGAGCCCCAGUUUGGCAUUUGCAAGGUGAAACUGGCAUGAUUUUCAUUUCUGAGGAGCUCUGCAGUGCAGAAAAGCAGGGGCUGCAUGUAGCUCCACUUUUGAGAUUUGUGAUUACUGAUGAGAUAUUUUGUUGUUGGCUUUUGAUUUUUUUAAACAGGGUCUUGCUGUGUAGCUGGCUUCAAACUCACACUCUUCCUGCCUCAGGCUCCUAGGUGCUAGGAUUACAGGAAUGUGCCAUCACACCUGGCUCACCAAUAAGAUUUUGUAACAGCCAGAUUUCUUGAGGUAUAAUUUAAAUAAAAUAAAACUCACUCUUUAGUGUAUAGUUCUCUGAGUUUUGAAAAAAACGUAGCGGUGAAAAAAAAGUAAUCAUUAAAAAACAAACAGUUGUAUAGCCAUCACCACAAUCAGGGUGUAGAGCAUCCCUUCCCCCUGCUCCCUGAAUACCUUUGUGUUCCCGUGGUGAGUCCUUAGUCCUGGACAACACUGGUUUCCUGUCUCUACAGCCUCAGGUCCUAUUCUCAGAAUUACACUAUGUACCUUUUGAGUCUAGCAUCUUCUCCUUAACAUAACACACUGGAGAGCAUGGUGUUGUUUCACUUUUCUUGUAGCUGAGCAGCAUUCUGAUGGAUAGAGCAGUCUGUCCAUUCACCCAGAGAAGAAUAUUUGAGUGUUUCCCAUUUGGGGCAACUAUGAAUAAAGUAGCUGUAAGUAUUUAACUACUGACUGUUUUGUGAACCUAAUUUUUUGGUUCUCUUGGGUAAAUAGCUAAGUGGAAUUGCUAGGUCACAGAUAAGCUCAUGUCUUAACUUUUUUCCUCUUUUUUUAUUGUUGUGCUGGGUGGGGGUACAUUGGAGUAUUUGCAAAAGUUCUUAUAAUGUAUCAGAUAUAUCAUAUUUGAUUUCGCCCCCUCAUGUCUAACUUUUUAAUAAACUUCCAGACUGUUUUCAAAAUCAGUUGUA